AUGACCCUUCCUCCCCUUACAGCAGGACCAAAUGAAGUCCGAGCAUAUAUCACUCGCAUCCUCGUUUCCAAACACGAUGCAGCCCCAGAACUCGCGCAUCGAAUUGCUAGCCAAUGGACACUCGGACGCCCCGGCGAUCUCCGCCGCGCCGGCAUGAAGUAUUUCGAUCAGGUGUUUGGGAGCGACGUUGGGACAUUUUUAUUCCGGACGGUUCAGGAGGAUAUCCGGGCUGAGUGGGAUCAGUCCCUGCCGGGGAUGGUGAAUUUUUGGACACCUAUUCCCUCGAUCGGAUUGACUGUUUUCUUUGUCGUUCGCGCAUAUCGUCAGACUUCGGCAACGAGCAUGAUGGCAUCCAUCCGAUACGCAACCUUAGCAUUCGGACCGCCCAUGGCGUUCUGUGGCUUCCAGGAUGGGCAUAACUCCUUUCAGGCUAUGAAGAUCGUAUCUGGCUUGAUAGUGAGCUUUUUUGCGUUUCUCUGGUAUGCGGUGCGCUUCUGUGAGCUGCUGGAAGCUAGGAGUAAAGAGGAAAAGAAGGCUGCUUGA